AUGUUAAAAGACUUCAUCACUCAGCCCACACAUUGAAUUCUCAUCAGCUGCAGAAGCAAACAGGCUUAUGCAAAGAAGAUGACGUUGAAGUUCCUUCCUUUAAGAGUCAGGGUGGUGACUUCAUCAACAAAAACGACCACUGGAUGGCAUUGUCCUGCUGCUUAGAUGACAGAUUUAGUCACGUUUCUAGAACAACACCUACUUCUAAUUCAGAAGAGGAAAUUAUGUCUGAUGAUGAGAUGAGGCCUUCUGCUGAUGGAAAUUUAAGAAGAGAUGGUAAAAGCACAUUGCCUAAAGUUAGUGCAGAAUGCAAAUCAGGAGUUUUCUUGAAUAAAGAUGCUGGUUCUUCAUUGUCGUACAGUGCCUCAUCAAAGUUGAACAAAUCAUCUAAAGGAAGCCGGGGCAAAUCUAACCCCAAUUUUUUGUUCCAAUCCCGGCCGCUGAAGAAGGAUUUUGCUUUGGUUGUCCAUGAUACUUGUGAAACCAGCACACCGUUAUCUGUUCUUCCCCUAAAUGUAGAAUUAGACAUGCAAAGAAAUAAUAUAGAGUCACUGGAUGACUUAUUGGAGGAUUUUGGUGGAAAAGAAAUACAGCAGUUCGAGGAGGAUUUUGGUGGAAAUGACAUACAGCAGUUCGAGGAGGAUUUUGGUGGAAAUGAAAUACAACAGUUCCAGAAGCAUUUGGUGCCAUCUGAAGUAGUAGUUGUACAUGAUCCAAAUGAGCAUUCCAUGGCCGAGUUUCUGGAUCACUUUCAGCAUACAAGUUCCCGACCACAAGGCAAUUCUAGAAUGCAGCUGCAAACAAAAAGACAAGGAUCACGGUUCUUACAGAAGAGAAACUUAUUGCUGCUCGGUGACAGAAACAUGAGCAAUGACGACCAACCUGAGGCACUAGAUAGUGACUCAUCUACCGACGAGGAUGAAAUUCCCCAGAUUCUGCAGCCUGCUAUACCUCAGAGGACCAUGGCUGACCAAUUUCAUCUAGCAUUAGGAGCUGUAUCUACGAAUGAGAGGCUGUCUAUUGCAAGGCCUAGGCAAUUCGGAUUAUCUGGAAAGUUGCAGCAGCUAAUGCAAUGUGAAAAGGACAGAGAUACAUAUUUCUUGGAGAAGUCACAAACACAUGAUGCUUCAAGUGGUGCAAAAAGCUUCAUUGAUGUGCGAAUUUUGUCAAGUUCUUUGGAGGCCAAGCUGACUGUUUGUUUUUGUGCUUUACAUGGAGAUGAAGAGGUUUCUUUGCAGGGUACUGAAUGCCUGAGCAAUCCUCAAAAAAGAAAGGGUACUGGAGGAAGGAAGUUAACUAUCAUUUUUAGCUCAAGAAUCUGUAAAGAUGUCGAGCUGGAAAUAGGGAAUUUCAUCCGCAUACAUCAGCCUUGGAAAGAGGUACGCGUGAAUGAGAAAGAUGAGUCUAUCAUUUUAUGUGCAUAUUUCUCUCAGAUUUAGUCCUUGGAUCGCAUUUUAUACCAAGGCUCAUCACAGAUCCUAUCCAAUAGAAUGACCACACGUAUGCAGAAAGGGAAAUCAGCAGUUAGGGCAGGAGCCAAAGAAAUUGGUCAUCAUGUCAGUGUGGAUGGAUGUUGA